CGGCGCAUCGAAGAUCUUCAUCAUCUCAUCACUCUGCGGACUCCCGAGACGACGAGCAUCACCACCUAUAGCCAUGGCCACCCUCCAAUCGAUACCACGCUUUCUCCUGCCCCGGGGCCCUCUGCUCCUGCGACCCCAAGCCCGCGCAUUCCUGCCGCUACCCUCCCCUACGAACGCCCGCUAUGCGUCAAUCACUCCCAAAGGCCUCUCAGAAGAGUUCCGAAGACGGCGGGAAGCACAGCAAAGCAAAGGAGCACCCGUAAUACCACAGCCCGAUAAAUACCGGCCGCCAUCACACAGCAAGCGGGCCCCGAACCGCAAUCUCGAGAACAAGAUCUAUGGCGCGCCCAUAUCAGAGGCAGACAAGAAGCGCAUGGCCACGAAGAAAUACCCCAACAUGAUGAGUCCCGAGGGCACAUUCUCGCAUUGGUUCUUGCACAACCGGGCCAUCCAUCUCUGGAUAACAAUGGGCAUACUCGUCUCCCUCGCAAUAGCAGCAUGGUACAUGGACUUCAUAUCCAAGACCGUCUUCGGCCACCUGCUUCCCUCGCGCAAAGAUUUCCUACGCCACCCCUUCGAAUCCUCGUCACGAUUCAUUGAGGUCUACAAGAUGCACAUGGAGCAGACGUCGCAGCAGUACCAGCAGCAGAGGCUGAAGAAGGCGGAGGAGAUUGAAAAGAGGAAGCAGUAUCGGUUGGAGAGGCAGAGGGAGGCUGAGCUCAAGGGUGAGGAGUAUGUGGAGGAUCCGAGGUAUUAUGUUGGUGAGGAUGGUGUUAGGCGGAGGAGGGUUAAGAGGUGGUUUGGUAUUUGGGAGUGAGAAUUGAGGAUUGUUGUGGAAGGGAGAAUCUUAGAGGCAAACUUGGUGGUAGGCACUGUGCCGCGCCAUGUCGGACGGCAGUGUAAAAUCUGGACGGUGAACGGCAUCGAGUCGCGCGAACAUGGUGGAGAAAAGGUCAGCAAGACGACUUCUGAACUCCAGCUUCACUACAAAGCUGCGGUUAACAGGUAUUACGAGACAUGUACAUCAAGGUGUGUGUACUAGAUAAGUCGAUCACAAAUUCUACAGACGAUAUUUCAAGGACAUCUCCUUUCAUUUCAACAUCUCAAAAAAAAAGAGUCUCGAAAUCUCUACAACCGUAUAUCCCCCUCAUCCCUCCCAUCCUCCUCCCUCCCACCA